GCAGGGCUCCGGUGCACAUGUUUUGUAAAUAUUGUUUAUUUUAGACUUGAACAACCUUAAUUAUAAAUAAAAAAUGGAAAGUUAUUUAUCAAUUUUUCAAGGAAUAUUAUCUACUGAGGGAACCUUUUUAGAUAUUUAUCUGGAUGGUUUGGAAGAUCAUAGAAAAUUUAGUAUACAGUCGAAUGAAGGAGCUGAAAUUGUGCAAAAUAUUACUUCCUUAUUGACUAAAUCAACAUCUCGCUCGCUUGGAUUGCGUUUACUUACAAAGUACGUUGACCUCUGUCCUAUUGAAGUGCUUGAAAAGAAAGGUAAUCUAUGGAUAACAUUGGUGUUAAAAGCGUUCAACAGUCAAGAAUUGAAAUGUGAUGCUCUUCUCAUGUUUGAAGUAUUGGGUAAGAUCAUUAAAAGAUCUAUCCACUCUACCGAUUUGGCAAAAUCUUUUGCCAGUACUCAUAUAAGUAAGGUUUAUGAAAACCUAACAAAAGUUUCACAGUUUCAAGUAAAAUAUGCAUUGAGUUGCAUUGAGACUUGUUUGCGCACAUAUCCUGGGUCGAGUGGUCCAUCAAAGGGUCUUUUAGAGCGCUUUUUGUGGAAAAAUGUGGAUCAUCUUGAUGGCGAAGUCGUACAAAAUUGUGGCAAGUGUUUACACCUACUUCAACAAGUAAAAGGUGGAGGAGUGCAAGGAGUUAACCAUAAAACACAGUGGAAAAACUAUCAACUUCAACUUAUUGGUGGUAUUCACUCUGUAUAUAAUGAAAUGUUUUCGAACUGUGCAGAAAUCUAUGAAGAGAAAAUAGAACAAGUAAAAUUUCCAUGGGAAGCAGAACAGCAUAAGUUUGACGCUGAACCAGUAAGGAAGGCUGCGCAAAUGUAUUCAAGAUGUCAUAACAUGAUUAAAUAUCUUAUUAUCGCAUUAAGUGAACCCUUUCCUGUGGAAAAACCCAUAUUGGUAAGGAAAGUACUAAACGUGGUUGUCAGAGGUUUAAGUGUGAACUGCCUAAUGCUGGAGCAAAAUCCCAUUGCCGAUAAUAUUGCUCUUAGCAUUCUUUUACCGAAAAUACAUGUUGAUUUGUUUGAACUUCUUAAGGUCGCAGUGUUAAUAUUACGUGGUCACGUGCGUCCUUAUUCUGAACUCAUAUUAGGUCUUAUAAUCGACGCACUUAAAUGGACGUCCACUAAAAGUUCACAUAGUGAACAAAAAACUUUAUUGGUUUUACGUAAACAAGUUUAUGAAACCGCGUCGUUGUGGUGUAAAAUAUUGAAUAGCGGAAAUCGCUGCGAAACUGUUGCCGAAUAUCUUUUUCAAGAAAUUUUUAGCGAUAUUACUCCCACACAAAGUGAAUUUACAUUGAAGGUAUGUUAUAUAAUGAUGCACACAAGUAUAUCGCAAAUAUGUGCUAUACUUUAUGAACUUUCUCCUAAGUCUACGAGCUUGUAUAAUAAUAAGGAUUGUCGCAUAGAAAUCUAUAAUACUCUUUAUACUAUACUUCUGACUCCACAUUACUUAUGUCCACCACCAACUGAUAUGGCUUUUACAAUUAUUCAGACAGCUUAUGCACGAGACGAUAGUCUUAAAGUUCGAAACCGAUGUUAUUUUAUAUUACAAAAUCUUGAAAAGAUAAUUCAUCCACAAAAAGAAAGUUUACUUUUUACUAUCGACGCGAGAGAUAUACGCAAUACAUUCAUCAAAAUGGGACAAGAGAGCUUACUACAAGAAUUCAGAUAUGAUUUCAACAACUCAUCUAAUAAAGGAAGUGACGUUUUAGAAUUUAACUAUGCUACAAUCUCGAAAAAUUUAAAUACACCAAUAAAUAAUCAUGUAGAUGAUGAUAAUGUACAUGAUGAUAAUGUACACGACGAUAAUGUACAAUAUGAUAAUGCUCAAUAUGAUUUAGGGUAUAAAAACAAAAGUCAGACAAAUGUCGAUAUAAUUUCUACAAACACUGAAAUACUUCAAAAUCAUAACCUGAAUGAAGACGACCCACUUAAGGAUCAAACUAAUGAAGAUAUUGAAUUGGAAUUUACCAUGGAUCAAGUGAAUAGUAAAGAUUCUUUGCCCAAUGCAAUUAAUACUUCAAUCCGAAAUGUCGAAAAUAUAAGUAAAUCUCAAGAUGUACUGAUCAUUAAUGAAGAUACUAAUAUUGCCGCACUGUGUAUCGAAGAAUCAAACUGCGAUCUUAUUAGUGAUGAACCAAAUUCGAAAAAGCAAAAACUUGAUAAUGAAAAUGAGGAUAAAAUUGAAUUAGAAACUGUUCAAACAGAAAUUAGCAACAUUUUUAGCAUAGAGGGCAAUGAAGAUGACUUACUAGCAGAUAUUGCAUCGCAGUUUGUGGAUGAAUUAAAUUAAUAAUUUUUUAAUUAAAAGAAAACACUUUUUAUAUGAAAAUAAAAAUAAAUAAUUAAUCAAUAA